GUAGCCGGAGGUUUUGAGUGAAAGUCGAGGGCUGACACGUGAAGAACAGGGAUUCGGCCAAUAUUACCUUUCACUUUCCUCCACCCCUUGCUUUGUGUUUGACCUCUCCCUAACGCUGCACUUGCACGGGUACAUACAUACAUAACACAUCAUGUCAGGCACAUAUUCGCAAGAAGACGUCAAGUCGCACAACAAGCCCGACAACCUCUGGAUCAUUGUCGACGAGGAUGUCUACGACUUGACCAAUUUCCAGGAAGAGCACCCUGGUGGUAAGAAGAUCCUCCAAAGAGUGGCUGGAAAGGACGCCAGCAAGCAGUUCUGGAAGUACCACAAUGAGGGCAUCUUGAAGAAGUACCAGAAGCAACUCCAGGUCGGCUCUCUGGACUCGAAGGCCAAGGCCGCUCCUCCCACACCCCCAGCCACUCCUCCUCCGGCAGCGAAGCAGGAGAAGGAGCUUGUCAAGCCCGAGCCAGUGCCUGGUACCGUGGCUCCCCAGCCUGGUGCCGACGCAAAGGAAAUGGCCGAGGCUCUUGAUCAGUUCGGCGACAUGGUCCCCGGUGGUGACCCCAACUGGUACCAAUCCUACCACUCGCCCUAUUUCAACCAGUCACACGCCGACCUCCGCGCCGAAGUCCGAGAAUGGGUAGAAAACGAGAUCAUGCCCAACAUCACCGAAUGGGACGAGGCUAGAAAAGUACCAGAUGAGAUAUACAAGGCUAUGGGCGAACGCGGAUACCUCGCAGGUCUCAUGGGUGUUCACUACCCCAAGGAUCUCACCGACAAGCGUGUCAAGUCCGUUGCACCCGAAAAGUGGGACUUGUUCCAUGAGAUGCUUCUCACUGACGAGAUCUCGAGAUCUGGCAGUGGUGGCUUCGUGUGGAACUUGAUCGGUGGUUUCGGUAUCGGUGCCCCUCCUGUCCUCAAGUACGGAAAGAAGGAGCUCGUCCAGAGAAUCAUGCCCGAGAUCCUGAGCGGUGACAAGAGAAUCUGUUUGGCCAUCACUGAGCCUGAUGCUGGUUCUGACGUUGCCAACUUGACUUGCGAGGCUAAGCUGAGCGAGGACGGAAAGCACUACAUUGUUAACGGUGAGAAGAAGUGGAUCACCAACGGUAUCUGGUCCGACUACUUCACUACUGCUGUUCGCACUGGUGGCGAAGGCAUGAACGGUGUCAGUGUUCUUCUCAUUGAGCGUAGCUUCGGUGGCGUCUCGACCAGAAAGAUGGACUGCCAGGGUGUCUGGUCGAGUGGCACAACAUAUGUCACCUUCGAAGACGUCAAGGUGCCAGUAGAGAACCUGGUUGGCAAGGAGAACCAAGGUUUCAAGGUUCUCAUGACCAACUUCAAUCACGAACGUAUUGGCAUCAUCAUCCAGUGUCUGCGCUUCUCGCGCGUUUGCUACGAGGAGUCGAUGAAGUACGCACACAAGCGAAGAACCUUCGGCAAGAAGCUCAUCGAGCAUCCCGUCAUCCGUCUCAAGCUAGCCCACAUGUUCCGCCAGAUCGAAGCAUCGUACUCGUGGAUGGAAAACCUUAUCUACCAAUGCCAGACGAUGAGCGAAGUAGAGGCCAUGCUGAAACUCGGAGGUGCCAUUGCCGGUCUCAAGGCCCAAGCGACCACGACUUUCGAGUUCUGUGCUCGCGAGGCCAGUCAGAUAUUCGGCGGUCUCAGUUACAGCCGCGGUGGUCAGGGCGCCAAGGUCGAGAGACUCUACAGAGAUGUCAGAGCUUACGCUAUCCCCGGUGGCAGUGAGGAGAUCAUGUUGGACUUGAGCAUUCGCCAGUCCCUGAGGGUACAUCAGGCUUUGGGCAUGAAGCUGUAAACCAGUGCUACACUUCGAGUGCGAGUCGGUCCACAUCUCGACUCCUUGCCAGCCUGAAGUUACGUGCGUUGAGGUAGCUCAAAGUAGACAGCGACCUUGUACGAAUUGAACGAAAGCAUCAUCAUUCAUUCAAGCAGUAGCCCGCUCAUUCCGAAUCGUUGGGUCCUGUGUUCACUGUGCUUUUCUGUCUAGGCGAAACAAGCGACAUCUUUCGAGGACCGCUGCAUGAUUCAGCUUCGCGCCAAAAACUGUUCGACAUGUCGAUUUUGUUGGGACCUGUUUGAUAGUUUGUUAUGCAAGGUUCCCUGUGCUCUUGAUCUUGCGCCUUCGAGCUCAGAUAACGUGGAGUAGACAAAGAAGCGGCAGAUCGAAAUUUAAUGCAAUGCGGAG